AUGCCUAGAUAUCCAAAUAUUACUGUCUCUGGAGCGUUUCUGAUAUUAUUUUCGAUCCUUUGCGAACUCUUUCACAUGUUGACUCGCCACCGAAAUCUUUCCGAUUUCAAAAAACAGCGAGGACCCCCAAUUUCAUGCAGCUUUUUUUGGGAAACGGAUUCUUGUCGGGAAUACUAUGCAAACACUUCAAUCUGGUACUACAAUGUGUUUCGCGUCUCCGGCAAUCUUAUACUCGACAUAGUGAAGACAAUCGCUGAUAUGAUUGGUUCCUUCUUCGGAACGAUGAUACAAAAGUAUGUGGACAGCUACGCGUGGUACUUUCAAUUGCCAGCUUUCGGUUUCAUCGGCGUUUCCAUCAUCUUUCUCGUUGCAUUAAUUUUUGGAAUCCAGAUGAAGUUAACAACUCCAUGGGCUUCGUUAAGUUUUUCACAAGGGAGAGCUGCAACAAGAAGUCAAACUCAAUCACCUCCACCACUGUACUCAAGACAAGAAGCUUUUCCUCCAUCAAAGAGAUCAAUGAGCCUUCACAAUCCGAUGUUGAUCGUCAAGGAAUCUCUGCAAAGAAGCAGCUUCUCAAAAUAUUUCAAGACA